AUGGACCUGCAUGCUUCGCAGAUUCAGGGCUUCUUCUACAUCCCGCUGGACAACCUGUUCGCAGAGCCCGCCAUCCUGCAGUGGAUCCGGGAGAACAUCCCCGAGUGGAGAAGCUGCAUUAUUGUGUCCCCGAACGCGGGUGGCGCCAAGCGAGUGACAUCCAUUGCAGACAGGCUGAACGUGGAAUUUGCACUGAUUGACAAGGACAGGAAGAAGGUGGGGCAGGGGGACCUGAUGGUCCUGGUGGGGGACGUGAAGGGCCGCGUGGCCAUCCUGGUGGAUGACAUGGCUGACACCUGUGGUACUAUCUGUCACGCGGCAGACCAGCUGGUCUCUGCAGGAGCCACCAAGGUCUAUGCCAUCCUGACUCAUGGCAUCUUCUCGGGGCCAGCCAUUGACAGAAUUAACGCUGCUCCCUUCGAGGCUGUGGUGGCCACGAACACGAUUCCGCAGGAGGACAGGAUGAAGCAGUGCUCCAAGAUUCAGGUCCUUGAUAUUUCCAUGAUCUUGGCCGAGGCCAUCCGGAGGACUCAUAACGGUGAAUCUGUGUCUUACCUGUUCAGCCAUGUUCCCUUGUAA